AUACUCGUGCAUGUAGUGGCAAUAUGAGGAACUGCUUUCUAUCUUUGAUUGAAGAUGACCUCCCUUCAUACUCUUGGCCCCUCAAAAGAGACAGAAAAACUCCUCCACCAUGGGUUAGGCGUGCUGCCAAAAUUACCGCAGUAACCUCCCACGGUAACUGUGCCGCCGCAGCGCCUGCUUUACCCGUCAGGCCGUCACCCACCGCUAGAAAAACGGAGCCCCACGUCUAUAAAUAGCUCUCCCCACUCGAAUCCACCACUACCAUCCCAAUCUUCUCCUCCCGCAUCGCACCCACCUCCCCGAAAAACUCCCAAAUUGCAAUCAGGUCCCUGGCGUCCACCCCCAAAUCCGCAACCCAGCGAGGGAUUCGGGAAUUCAUCGCGGGAGCCCGACGGAUCGGCCGGCGAGUAUGGGCAUCUCGAGCAUGCCGGCGCCCAAGGACAGCCUGAUGGGGUUCGUCCUCUACAACACGGCGGUGUCGGUGGCGAUCCUGGCGGGGCUGGUGCGCGCGGCGCUGGUGUUCCUGGGCCUGGCGGCGCCGUCCCCGUGGGAGUGGGAGGGCCUCGCCGCCGACGACCACCACCACCACCACCGCCCGGUGGUAUCGAUCACGCCCACGGGGCCGAGCCUCGCUGACCGGUUUCGGAGCCGGUUCCGUCCGUCGCGGUUCGGGCGGCGCCGCGGCGGGGUCGGCGGCGGCGCGGGGGCGGCGGCGGACUGCCGCGUGUGCCUGGCCCGGUUCGAGCCGGAGUCGGUGGUGAACCGGCUCCCCUGCGGGCACCUCUUCCACCGCGCGUGCCUCGAGACCUGGCUGGACUACGACCACGCCACCUGCCCGCUCUGCCGCCUCCGCCUCCUCCCCCCCGCCGACGACGACUACCCGGCCCUGGCGGCGGCCGGCCCGGCCGUCCGGUUUUAGAGAGAGAUCUCCAGCCACCGGGGGCUAGAUCGGCGUGGCCCCGCCGUGUGCGCGUAGGAAUUCCAGAGGCAGUCAGGCAGGCAGAGGAGGAGGCUCCUCCAUUAGCUAGCUCUAGUGCUCCGCUCCCAAUUAGUAGCUCCUUUUUUCCCUUUUUUGUCAUGCGUUUUCCCCCACCAUUUCGUGCCCUUUUUUUUCCCCUUCUUUCGUUUUCGUCGCUCGUGUUUGCUGCUGUACCGUCUGUAAAUAUUCGCAGCGUGCUCCGAUGGUGUAGCACUUGCAGUACCGUGUACAGGCUUUUCGAAAGCGAAGAGAUGAGAAGAAGAAGAAAAAAAAAAUUGAUGCAAAAAAAGCUGAUCCCCUUUUGCUUUUCUCCGCUCUUUAAA